GGAAGUGAGCCCUACGGAAGCCGGGGUGGGCCAGAAAUAGUUCCGGUUCGGCGCCGCCGGGGCUGGAGGGAAUGAAUGGGCCCUGAGGUGGGGCGCGCCCGCUCCGGGGACCGGCCUUAGGCGAGUGAGCCGCCGCAGCAUGGAGGACGACGCGCCGGUGAUCUACGGCCUGGAGUUCCAGGCACGUGCUCUCACACCUCAAACGGCAGAAACAGAUGCCAUUCGGUUUCUGGUUGGGACGCAGUCUCUAAAAUAUGAUAAUCAGAUCCACGUCAUAGACUUUGAUGAUGAGAAUAACAUUAUAAAUAAAAAUGUGCUCCUCCAUCAAGCGGGUGAGAUCUGGAACAUUAGCGCCAGCCCUGCAGACAAGGGAGUGCUGGCCACCUGCUACAACAAGACUGCAGACGGCAAAGUAGUGACGUGCGCCGCGGGUGUGGAGGAUGCCAGCGGAGCUGGAGCCGGGCGGGGCCACGAGUCCCCGGAGACGCAGCGAGCCCUGCACACGCCUGGAGCUGCUCUGUCACCUGGGCCCCCGUCGGCCCACGGCAGCACCGCCUGUGUCGCGUGGGAGCCCGCGGGAGACGGGAAGAGAGUCAUCUCGUUGGCUGACAACCACAUCCUGCUGUGGGAUUUGCAGGAAGGCUCCAGCCAGGCUGUGCUGGCCGGUUCGGCGUCCCUGGAAGGGAAGGGACAGCUGAAGUUCACGACGGGGCGGUGGAGCCCGCAUCACAACUGCACCCAGGCGGCCACGGCGAACGACACGGCUGUCCGAGGGUGGGACACGCGGACCAUGAGCCAAAUCUACUGCAUUGAGAGCGCACACGGCCAGCUGGUGCGGGACCUGGAUUUCAACCCCAACAAGCAGUACUACCUGGCCAGCUGCGGGGACGACUGCAGGGUGAAGUUCUGGGACACCCGCAACGUCACCGAGCCCGUCAAGACGCUGGAGGAGCACUCCCAUUGGGUGUGGAGCGUCCGCUACAACCACUCCCACGACCAGCUGGUCCUCACGGGCAGCAGCGACGGCAGGGUCGUCCUUUCCAACAUGGCGUCCAUCUCCUCCGAGCCCUUCGGCCACCUGGUGGACGACGACGACCUGAGUGACCAGGAGGAGCGCCGUCCGGAGGAGAAGAGCCAGGAGCCUCCGCAGGACAGCGUCAUCGCCACCUACGAGGAGCACGAGGACAGCGUGUACGCCGUGGACUGGUCCUCCGCCGACCCCUGGCUCUUCGCCUCCCUGAGCUACGACGGGAGGCUGGUCAUCAACAGGGUGCCCCGGGCACUGAAGUACCACAUACUGCUCUGACCCGCCAGGCCGUCCUUGGGCAGGUUCCCCGCCGCCGGCAGCCGUGUGGCGGGCGUUGGCUUUCCAGGCGGAGCCCCGUCUGGGAGAACCGGCAUCGCUCUCCCCUGAGGCGAACACCCGUGAAUAAUGACGGAGCGCCUGCCGGCCGACCGCUGACACCUGACGCCUCCCCUUGACGGAAGCAGCAACCCCGUCCCCAGACCGCGCUGGGGCCCCGCAGGCUGGCCUCUGCCUGGUCACUGCCCGCUUCCCCUCUCGCUUUUAGGGGUGUCGGGAGUCUCACUGCGAUUUGUUUCCAUAAUGUUGGCUCGUCUUUCUCUCAAGAUUGAAAAUGAAAUAAAAGGAGCAGGGCCACGCCGCAUGGGCUCCAGCUCUUUCUCCAGGAGCUCUGCCCCCGGUAUGGCCCCAUCACCCGGUCUCUGUUCAUUUUCUCCGUCCUGGCCCAGAACAAAGGCAGACGGGCCUCCCGUGCUUCGUCCUGGGCCUGACCUGCCCGCGCUCGGGCCGUGGCCUGGGGGAGCCC